AAAUUAAAGACGAUGGGCAAUUAGAAACGAGGGUAGAAAAUAUAUUAGUAAAGGGGGGAGAGGAAGUUGAGGGAAUGUUAUUAGAAAGUAGGGUAGAGAGUGUAUUGGUUAACGUAGAAGAGGGAGAUGAGGGUAGGCAAUUAGAAAGAAAGGUAGAGAGUGUAUUGGUUAACGUAGCAGAGGAAUAUGAGGAAAGGCCAUCCGAAAGAAGGGUAGAGAAUGUGUUGGUGAACGUGGAAGAGGAAUACGAGGAAAUGGAAUUAGAAAAUAAGAUAGAGAAUGUGUUAGUGAAUGCAGAGGAAAUGGGAUUAGAGAGAAGGGUAGAGAAUGUACUAGUGAAUGUGGAAGAGGCGUAUGAGGGAAUGCAUUUAGAAAGAAGGGUAGAGAACGUGUUAGUAAAUAUAGAAGAGAGGGAAUUCGAGACGAGAGAAGAAGAAGAGGAAAGUAUAGGAUGGAGUGAAAGUAGAGAUAGCUCGUUUAGUGAUGAUUCGAUGGAUUUUUACGAAGGAAGUUUAAGCUACGAAGAGUCAGACGAUGAUAUCUCAGAUACAGUGGAAAUAUGA